CGCAAGGUUAUUCGCAGGUUAUUCGCACCACCUCCAUUCGGCAGCCGCAGUCUACAGCCCCGCGGCCGUCUGGCAAAGAAACGAGGUUACACGCCGCUAACACCAUUCUGGGCCUCGACCACCACCUCUCAGUUCGCUUGCUCCUCCCGCUUCCAAGCGCUGUGUACCAUUGUGUCGCAGCGGGCUGUGAGCCAUGAGCUCAGCCUACCCUACACCUUCAAGUUCAUUUCCGGAUGAGGAAGACAUCAGCCAUGCGGGAAGAUGGAUGGAAGACCGUCCCGCCGAAGGCGGCAGCCCGGGGAGCAACAGGGACAAGGGGAAAGGAAAGGAGAGCGACGAGGAGACAUUGCGGGUAGACACGGUGGAGGAAGCAGAUGCAGAGGACAGUGAAGAGAUUUACGCUGGCGCGGAUGAGUACCCACCCACGAAGGAGGAGGAGGAAGAGUCCCGUCGGGUAGAAGAGAACCUCCGAAAAUGGGAGAUCGCAGAGCGCGAACGACGGAAGGCAGCUCGCGAGUCCGCGGCAUCGGGGAGCGGGAUGUCCAUAGUCACUGACGUCGCUCGCCGCGCGAGCCUGCUGUGGCCCAGCAGCCGAGCAAAGCAAGCAUCCAUGGGCGGGGUCGGUGCACAUCGCAAGCUUCGCACGACCGACUCAGACUCAGUCCCGUUGGAAGACAUGGACAGCAGCCCUGGACCCUCCCGGGGCGUGACCCCAGAGCCCAUAGACGACCCCUUCGCAACCCCCGGUCAAUCCACCCUCUCCCUCGCCCUCGACCCCCAGCUGUCCGCCGUCAUGACAGCGUCAGACACGCAGGAUCCAUUUGAGGACGGCGAGCAGUCGCCCACUACGCCCAAAGCUGCGAAGGCCACAGGAUUGCUCCCUUCAACCUCGCUUUCGAGGGCACCUCCACCGCAACCGCUCAAUUUGCCGAGACCGCGGACGCCUCCGCCGCGAGCGGAGACCCCGCAUACGAGUCGACCACCUGAGCCGGUCGCACCACCUGUAGUCGCUCCCACGCAACAGGCGGAGGAGCCUCAGGAAGUUCGGUGGUGGACGGAGUGGUUAUGCGGGUGCAGCGAAGGUCCAGACCGCGGAGGUGACCACCAGGCGGGUCGCACAAAUCCAUUUGAGUAGACACUACUCUCGUCCACCACUCCUUCAGCUUUGGACGCACCCAUCCCUCGUUGACCCGGACUGAACUCUAUAGUGUAGCCUCCUGCUCUCACGGACACAUCCUGCGCUUUCGUGCGACGACAUCGUGUUGUGCAACUAUUUAUACUUACUUGCCCGACGUCUUGACAAUGACAC